UCCGCCCUCAGUCUAGAUCCUGGUACACUUCCUUGUCGCUUCCGCCACGCCGAAACGCUGAACUUGGCCAAAGCCCUGCCAUUUGCUUAGCGAUACAUACAUUACACCUGAGUCUUCCUUCACCUUUACCAGCAGCAAUAAAAACACAUUUUCCACCUCGAAAGGAAUUCAAGCCAGAUGCGCACUUCAGACGAACACGACUUCCGACCAACAGCCUCUCGGGUGUCGUUCGAGGAUGACCCUCCAAGGCAACCUCCACCCGUGAAUCCCUCUCAUCAACAGCUUCAGCCGGCCACUCGAAAUGGCUCAACCACUCAGCUUCCCUCAUCCAACUCUAGCGAAUAUGCAGAGGACUCACGAUCGCUGACCAACAGAUACCAGAAAGCAUUAGGACUCGCCGACACUUCUCUCUCCACAUCAACCCGUACGACCAAGAGCCAAAACCUGGACAGCAGACAGAAGAUCCUCGGCGUUGGGGCCGAGGUAUUCAGCUCGACUGACGAUGAUGACUUCGAUUGGGAUGACUCGGGCGAGUCCGAAUUGGACGAGGCCGAGCGGGAGGAACGCCAGCAGCGGAAACUACGCGCACAUCACGAUCAUCUCGAACACGAGAACCACCUCCGUCGUGCCAAACGUCUUAGGAAGGUUUACCUCUGCUUCAUGAGACUCUCCAGGCCCAUCAGAACCGCCCUACUGCUUGUCCUUGGCUGUAGUAUUACCAUCACACCUGCGAUUGUCGUCAUCCUCUGCUACCCCCAAAACCGGGCCAAGAUCCAUGUAUUGAUGUGGUCAAUAUGGUGCUCAAUCAACAUUGCACUUUCCUGCAUCAUUUCGAUCCUAGUCGAUAUUUUCCCGGUCAUAGCCAUCAAGCUAUCUUGCUUGUUCUACGGAUCCGCGCCGGAACACUUGAAAACACAAGUCGAGCUUUGGAUGGGCGUACGCACUUACACCAAGAUCGCUUUGACAGUUGCACGUCCAGAAUCCAAAUAA